AUGCAGUUGAAAGAUUUAGAAUUGACACAAAAUAGGUAAAUAUAAAACGAUGCUCAAAAGAUUGCAGGAUAAUAAAUAGCCAAAUUUAUUACUGUCAAAUAAUAGUUCAUAAAGUGUCUUAAAUAACAUAAACUUGAUGAUAAAGAUGGAGAUAUAACAAAAGUUGUUUUUCAAUAAUAGAUCAAUUAUGGCAUUAUAAAUUUAGAAGGAGAUAUUACAAAAAGAAGAAUUAAUUUAUGGACUAGAAAAUUGUUCAUCUCAGAAUAAGUGACUGCAUUUCCAGUAAUUGGUUAUGGAUUAUUAGUUAAAAGAUCAGGGACAAGCAUGAUUGGUCCAUGUAAAUUUGAAAUUAUAUCUCUGGUUAGGAUGCAAAAUUUUUAGAUUCAGUUUCCUUAAUCUAGAAUUCUUAACAUAAAUUAAAGGUUUUAGUCGGUAAUGGUUAAGAGAGAUAGUAAAUUGUUUAGGUAUAUAUAUAGAUUUCAAUUUUUCAUAUACUUCCUUUUUCAUAAAAAAGAAUAAGGAUAUUAAGCCAUUCUUCAGAUCUUUAUUAUUUUCACACAGCAAUGAUCUAUUUAUUGUGCCUAAUGCAGAUGUGUUUUUGAAUAUUCCUAUCAUCUAACACACUAGGUUAUUAAAUUAAUUAAACAAAGUCUGA